AUGCUAAUUGAUACAUUCUGGUACAUACUAAAUGGAAUUAGGCCGUACAUAGAAAAACAAAGUAAUUUUAGAAAAUGUAUUUCUCCAAAAGAACGACUAUCGGUAACAGUAAGAUUUCUAUCUACGGGGAUGGCUUUUAGAUCUUUGGCUUUUUCCUAUCGCAUUGCACACAACACUAUUGCAGGAAUAAUUUAUGAGACCUGUGAUGUAAUUUGGGAGUGUUUUAGUGAGAAACAUAUGCCUUUUCCUACAGCAGAAUUGCUUGAAAAGAGUGCAAAGGACUAUGAGCAGUUAUGGAACUUCCCAAACUGUGUUGCCAGUAUCGAUGGCAAACAUGUGCGCAUUAAAUGCCCGAAAAAAACUGGCUCGAAACACUUCUAUUAUAAAGGAUUCUUCUCUGUGGUCCUUCAAGCAAUGGUUAAUGCGCAAUAUAAAUUUCUAAGUGUGGAUGUGGGAGCCUAUGGUAGGCAAAGUGACAGUGGUGUGUUUUCAGAAUCUAAUCUGUUUCAACAUAUAGAAACAUGA